AGCCGGCAGUUGGCGGCAGCAAUAUGGCGGACGUACUGAGUGUCGGCGUGAACCUGGAGGCCUUUGCCCAGGCUAUCAAUGCUAUCCAGGCGUUGCGUUCCAGCGUGAGCAGAGUGUUCGACUGCCUGAAGGACGGCAUGAGGAACAAGGAGACUCUAGAGGGCCGGGAGAAGGCCUUCAUUGCGCAAUUCCAGGACAACCUGCAUUCGGUCAACCGGGACCUCAAUGAGCUAGAACGUCUGAGCAACUUGGUCGGCAAGCCCUCUGAGAAUCACCCUCUUCAUAACAGCGGUCUGUUGAGCCUGGAUCCUGUGCAGGACAAAACUCCACUCUAUAGUCAACUCCUGCAGGCCUACAAAUGGUCCAACAAGUUGCAGUACCACGCAGGUCUAGCAUCCGGCCUCCUGAAUCAGCAGUCCUUGAAGCGUUCUGCCAAUCAGAUGGGUGUGUCUGCCAAGCGCCGACCAAAGUCUCAGCCCACCACGCUGGUCCUCCCACCACAAUAUGUGGAUGAUGUCAUCAGCCGCAUCGACAGGAUGUUUCCUGAAAUGUCCAUCCACUUAUCCAGACCUAAUGGGACGUCAGCAAUGCUUCUGGUGACCUUGGGGAAGGUGUUGAAAGUGAUCGUCGUCAUGAGGAGCCUGUUCAUUGAUCGAACCAUAGUGAGGGGUUACAAUGAGAACGUCUACACCGAGGGCGGCAAGCUUGAUAUAUGGUCCAAGUCCAGCUUCCAGGUGUUCCAAAAGGUGACAGACCAUGCCACCACGGCCCUGCUGCACUACCAGCUGCCCCAGAUGCCAGAUGUCGUGGUCAGAUCCUUCAUGACCUGGUUGAGGAGCUACAUAAAGCUGUUCCAGGCCCCGUGCCAGCGCUGUGGGAAGUUUCUGCAAGACGGCCUUCCCCCCACGUGGAGGGACUUCCGGACCCUGGAAGCCUUUCACGACACCUGCCGGCAGUGACCAGCCCAGGCCAGCCCGCGCCCCCACCCAGCACGCAUGCGCAGCCAGCACCUCCAGUCCCGCACGGGUGUCUGCAGCUGCUCUGGCUCUCCACUCUGGAGCGGUACCAGGCAUUUGACAGAGCGGGAGGGAGGGAGGAAGAAGGAAGGAAGGAAGGAAAGGGAAGGAAGGAUUGGUUGGUUGUGCACUGGGGCUGAAAUUCCCCUUGUGUUCACGUGUUUGUUUUUGUAACUUAUUUUUGUAAGCAUUAAACCUUUUCUACCCAG